AUGACCGAAGCUCACCGCCGCCUGGCUUUGUCGCCGCCGUGGCCUAAGCUCAAACCGCCCGCACCCUUGCACCGCAUCGCGCUCCUGGUGCCUCCAGGAGGCCGCCUGGCCCCUCUACUCGCUCGCCUGCUUGCGGCAGCCCCGCACCUGCAACCAGCCGAGCUCCGGCUGCCGCCCAGCUCACUGCCGUCGCUGCCACCGGCCACCCCAGCUCGCCCCGCGUGCUCCACCAGAUGCGCCUCGCUCCCAGCGUUCCGUAGCCGCAAGUCGUGCGAGGUUUGUCCCUCCCCGCCGCCGCUCCACUUCCACCUCGGGAUCUCCUCCCGAUCCAAAUUCUCUCCACCAAGUCCUCCUCGGGAUCCCUCCCGGACCAACCAGCAGCCUCAUCAGCUCCCAGCGCAGCCUGGUGCCUCCUCCUCCCUUGCUCCUGGACGCGUCCGGCUGCCCGCAGCCGUCAUCGCCCCCGCCCACAGGAGCCAGCAGUUGCAGCCCCAAGUCCUCUGUUUCUUCCCUGCCGGCGUCCGAGGCCGCAACCUCCUCGUCCACGACCACCUCACCUCGCCGGACUCCUCCUGCGGCUUACUCCGCUCCAAGCCUCGUACUCGUCCAAGGUCUUCCUCGCCCGGAUCCGCCCAACUCCGUCCUCCCUCGCCUUUCCCGCGUCACCGGAGAUCGCGCCAUGUACAGCGCCGCCUCGUCCCUGCGUUGCAGCGAGCCACUGCCUACGUUGAUCUGCUGCUCGCCCUCAAGGUCGCCUGCGUGGGUCCCGCCAAGCCGACGCCCGAGGCCUCCUACCCCGAGCUCCCUGCUUCCUCACGCCUUCCUUCCCUACUGCCGAAGUCAGCCACGAGCGAGCGCUCGAGCCCAUGUGUCGAGCUCCUCCUCUGCUCGCGCAGGAGCGUCUCGUCUCCGUCACCAUGCGCCGGCGACCCGAGACCAGGCGCCCCCAGCAGGCAGGCCCCCGUCGCGCCCUCUCCUUCAUCCUUCCCCUCCUUCAUGUUUCUCUAA